GCUUGCCGCUUCCGGGACCGCGCCAUUGGGCAAUGGGCAUCGAACGGAUCCUGGCGUCCUCGGAACGUGACUUUGUGGCGAAGAGUGUGGACUACAUCGAGGAAUGCAUUGCCAAACACCAAGGACGAAGUGCUGCCAGCUUCGUCCUGGGUCUCUCUGCCUCCAAUGGCCGCAUGCGCCGUGCCAGGCAGGCGGACGUGUGGUCCACCCUGGCUGGCCGCAUGAGCGUGGACUGGUCCAGAGUCUAUGUCUUCCUGGUGGACGAGCGCUAUGGCUGCCGCAGCCAGGAGGAGAGCAACUCCUAUCUGAUCCGCGACACGCUGGUGAAAAACUUGCACCGACGUGCUGCCGGAUUUCCUGAAGCGAAUCUGAUCCUUCCGGACACCAGCAUCGCGCCUGCUGCUGCGUGUGCAGAGGAUUACGAACAGCGCCUUUGCAAAGUGCUUGAGGAGGAGCUGCUCUCCGAAAGUGGCCCCCAUUUGGUGACCUUUGGACUAGGUGGAGAUGGUCACAUUGCCAGCGUCUUUCCUGAGUGGUACCAAAGUGUGCCCGACCGUUGGCAGCAGCUGAUCCAGAAGCAGCUUGGCCCAUCGUUCGAACACCAGCGGAACGGGAACAUGGGGAGAAACAUGGGAUUUCUGGUUGACUUUGAGUCCUACUUCCGAUGA